AUGGCACAGUCAGGCUCGAGCGUCUCACCACUACCACAGGCGUCGACGGCAACGUUAGAGCACAGGCGAACGCGCACUCUAGAGGUGCCCAAGAAGCGCAAGGCAGACGCGGCGGGCUCCCCGUCGGCCGACUCCCAGGGCGCGAAGCAUCAACGGCGGUUAGAGCUCCAAAAUGCAGCGGAUUCGUCGUCGGAUGCAACCGACGCCGGCGAAACGUUCGCGGUAAAAUCGAUCAACAAAGAGCAGCUAGUGGGCGAACGCAUGCGAGAUGAGGUGCGACGCGAGGUGGCGGCGAUGCGGAGCGUGGCGGGGCAUGCGGGCGUAGUGCAGCUGCGCGCGGUGUUCGAAGACGAGCGGCAGGUUCACCUCGUCAUGGACUUGUGCGACGGUGGUGAACUCUUCGACGAAGUUGUGCGACGCGGCAGGUUACCAGAAAAAGAAGCUGCUCUUAUCUUUCGCCAAAUCGCCAGCGCCGUUGCAUUCUGCCAUUCCAAAGGCGUCAUGCACCGCGACCUCAAACCGGAGAACAUUCUCUUGUCGAAAAAGAACCUAUCGGGUACAGACGUAACCUGCGCGAAACUCGCCGAUUUCGGCCUCGCAAUCGGACUGAAGCAGGGCGAGCGAGCCUACGGCGCAGCGGGGUCGCCGUUCUACAUGGCGCCGGAGGUAUUGACAGGCGAAUACGGCUUGGAGGCGGACGUGUGGUCGCUGGGCGUGGUGCUGUACGUGCUGCUGAGCGGCAGCCCGCCGUUUUGGGGCGCGGACGACAACGGCGUGUUCCGCGCCGUGCUGGAGGCGCCGCUGGACCUGACGAGCGGCGCGUGGGCGGGGGUGUCGGCGGAGGCCAAGGGGCUGCUCCGCUGCAUGCUGCACCGCGACCCGCGCCGACGCCCCUCCGCCGCCAAGCUGCUCUCCCACCCCUGGAUCCUCGUCCACGCCUUCGGCGGCCGCGUCGUGCGCCGCGUCCUCGCCGCGCCUGCGCUGCAGCAGCGCCGCAUCGCGGGGGGCGCUUCUGCUGCGGCGUCAGGGGUCGUGGUGCCGUCAUCCGCGUGA